AUGUCAGAAACACAAGAAUUUUGGUUAAUUUCAGCUCCAAACCUUCCAGGUGCUGACAUUUUUGACCAAGUCAAUCAAAAGACUGCCAAAGAAAAUAGUUUAUCUGAAAACAAAAAAUUUAAUACACCAGCAUUAAGAGUUGGUACUCUCAAUUCAUUGAUUACACUCAAUGAUGAAUUACAAAAAAUCGAUACCAUUGUAGAAUCUACAACCAAAAAGAUUGCCAGACAAUUAGUCGAUUUAGUUGGAACCAAACCAGGUAAAGAUAAGAGUCUUUCAAUCAAUGGUCACACCAUUCCACAAUACCUUCAACAAUUUGCCUGGGAUGAUGCCAAAUAUAACUUAAAAUUAUCAUUACAAGAAAUUGUCGAAAAAAUUUCAUCUGCAGUCUCAAAGAUUGAUGAUGAUUUAAAAAUCAAAUCAAGUGAAUAUUCAACACUUUCAUCCUCUGUUGCAUCUGAAGAAAGAAAAGCAAGUGGUAAUCUCCAAGUUCGUACUUUAAAUGACUUAAUUACAGCUGAUAAUAUCGUUCAAACUGAUUACUUUACAACUGCUUUCGUUGUUAUUCCAAAACAAUCCGAAAAAGAAUUUUUAGCCUGUUAUGAAACCAUUUCAGAUUUUGUACUUGGAAGAUCAGCUAAAAGAGUUGCCCAAGAUAAUGAUUAUUUCUUAUACAGUGUAAUUUUAUUCAAGAAAUUCUAUGAAAACUUUAAAACUAAAAUCAUUGAAAAGAAAUGGGUAGUAAGAGAUUUCAAAUUAGAAGAUAAUAAACCAACUCAAGAAAGAUCAAAAUUAACAGAAGAUAAAAAGAAUUGUAGAACAUCAUUAAUUCGUUGGUGUAGAUUAAAUUUCCCAGAGGCUUUUAUGGCAUGGGUUCACUUAAAAGUUGUUAGAGUAUUCGUUGAAUCUGUACUUAGAUUUGGUAUUCCAUUCAACUUCCAAGCUAUCCUCAUGAAACCACAAAAAGGUGCCGAUAAAAAGGUUCGUGAUAUACUUUUCGAUCAAUUCAAAUAUUUAGGUUCUGCUCAUAUCUCUGGUAAGAAUGAAACUGAUGAUUCCGAAAAAUUCUAUCCAUAUAUUUCCGUUUCAGUGAAUUGGGAAAAUUAA